UUCGGUAGAGUAGGUUUCGAGGGAGCUAAUGCAUUCGCAUAUGUAUUGAGACAGAAUCACACUCUUACCAGUCUUAACCUAGCUGGAAACGGAAUCUUUCCCGAAGGGGUUCAAGUAAUCGCUGAUGCUUUGAAACACAAUGACACUCUUACCAAUCUUAAUCUAAGUAACAACAACAUCGAUGUUGAAGGUGUUGAAGCAAUCGCUGUGGCAUUGAAACACAAUGGCACUCUUACCAAUCUUAAUCUAAGUAACAACGAAAUCUCUGCUGAAGCAGCUGAAGCAAUCGCUGAUGCAUUAAAACACAAUCAUACUCUCACCAUUCUUAAUCUCAGCGACAACCAAAUCUCUGUUGAAGGUGCUGAAGCAAUCGUUGAUGCAUUGAAACACAAUGGCACUCUUACCAAUCUCAAUCUAAGUAACAACGAAAUCUCUGAUGAAGCAGCUGAAGCAAUCGCUGGUGCAUUGAAACACAAUGACACUCUUACCACUCUUGGUCUGCAAUGUAACCAAAGAACUAGCAGAGUAGCACAAACGAUCGCAGAUGCUUUGAAAGCGAAUUAG